CCCCCCCCCCCCCCCAAUUCUCACCUCCCAAUCCAAAACCCUAGCUCUUCGUUUGACGCCAAUUAUUUUACAACCGAUUUUUUUCGAUUUUUCGAUUCCAACCCCUGAUAAUCUGACUUUAAAACCACAAUUUUCUUCGAAUUUUCGCUUUGAAAACCAUAAUUUUCUAAGUUUUGGGGUUUUAUGGAUCAGGAAGACGAGGAUUUAUCGAUGGCGAUCUAUUCAACACCAAAUUCAAAUAUGUAUCGACUAAUAAACGGGCAUUCAUCGAGAGGUUGGUUUGAAAUUCGGUUAUUCUACGUUCGUAUAGCGCCAUGCGCGAUUCAUACCGUUCCCGACCAUCUCACGCUUCGCCAUCUCCGUCGCGAAAUCGGAGUCUCUCUCGAAAUCAACGGCAAUCUCAUCCUGCCCUCGGACUCUGCUUCAAUAACUCUCAGGCGCGAUCGUGUGGAUAAGGAGUCCUCAGAGGUAACGUAUGUGAGCACGGACAGUGUGAGGGUUACGGGGGCAAUUGAAUUCGAGGUACAUGAAGAAGAUGAAUUGAUUUUGUGUGGGUCUUUGGAGAGAAUGGAAGCGAAUUGGAGCAAUGGGAGUGUAGGGAAUGAUUUGAAGACUGGGUGGAGUAUGGAUUGUUACACGGCGGCGACGAUUGCAAGUGGGUCGUCGGCGUUUUUUAAGCCGAAAUUGGGGGUUUGUUCGCCCUCGAUUGAGGUGUAUAUUGCUGGGUGUUGCUCGGGCGUGCCUGUAAUUUUGACGAAGACAAUUUUGAUUAGUCCGAGGAGGAAGGUUUCGAGGCAGAGAAUUCUGGAUUCUAUCCCUGAGGAUGAAGUGAUUGGAGAUGAGCAGAGGUGUGGAAGUGGCUUGGUCCGGCGGAAAACGCAGAUAACAGAGACAGAUGUUGGCGAUUAUGAGUCCGAUGGAAAAAUUGGUCACGGCUAUUUUGCAGAAGACAUGUACCCUGGUGAGGAUGGCCAGCUCUCAUGGUUCAAUGCUGGUGUGAGAGUUGGUGUGGGAAUAGGCCUUGGAAUGUGCCUUGGUGUUGGAAUUGGUGUUGGACUGCUCAUGCGCUCAUAUCAAGCAACCACACGGAGUUUCAGGAGGAAAUUCUUCUGAAUCUGUUCUUUCGAGUGUAGACAUGAUACUGUCUAAAUGACAAAGAAGAGAAAAGGUAAAAGUUUUGGUUAGUUUUAUAGAGUCAAGGGUUUCAACAUUGUGGCUGAUUAAUUGCAAAGCACAUAGUCUAAGCAUUCUAAGAGAGUAGGAAUGGUCUCUUGACUGUGGUGGAGGGUGGACAUGGAACUAUCUUGGUUCAGCUGACAUUCUCUGUCCAGGAAAACUAAGGUUGAUAUAGCAGUGCUUUAGUCCUUGGACAAGAAGUGGCAUGAUAAUACUAUGAUCAAUAUUUAUGGAAGCGCCUGAGAGAGAUGUAUAUAACGGUUAGUUUUUUGUCGAUAUUUUGCCUUGUCUGAUUUCACUGGAGGUUUAUAGUAUGUUGUAGGACUUGUCAUGCCUCCCCCGGGCACCAGGGCGUAUGAACCUUUUGGUGUUUCUCCAUUCCUCUUCUAAUUGCAGUUGCUGCUAUAAGUUGAUUUUGUUGAAUAAGAAGAAUUGCUUUUACAGUUCCUGGGAUUGAAUUCUGUCACUGGUUGUUAAAUGCCUUCAUAUUGUUCUCGGACUCUCUCAAUUGAAUACGACAUGUGUACUUAGAAAUCAAAGAUAAACAGUAAUCAAUGUGAGCUUUGUCAGAUGUAAAGCAUUCAAUUUGUCAAUAUGUACA